UCUCGGCGGUGCGAACGCGACCAUUUUGCGGGGGGGAUUGGCGAGCGGAGGCAACCGCGGCGGCGGCGGAGCGGGGACCGAGAGCGGUGACCGGGGGCGGGGGGGCCGCGCGGCCCACGCAGAGGAGCGGGCGUCUCCCGCGGCGGGGCGCGGGCCGGCGGCGGAGGCGCCUGAGGGGGAAAGAGGCGGCUCCGGAGGUGCGGCCUGAGGCGCUGGGCCCAGCGCUCCCGCUCGCUCCGGGGAGGGGACGGGCGACGCCGAGCCCGCACCAGGCGACCGUUUUUUUUCCCCCCCUCCUUCCCCUCAGCGCUGGGCGACGUUCCCCGGGCCGGGCCCGAACCGCCGGGGAAAAUGUCCAGGCCUGUCAGGAACAGGAAGGUGGUCGAUUACUCCCAGUUUCAGGAAUCGGAUGAUGCUGAUGAAGAUUAUGGAAGAGAUUCAGGUCCCCCAUCCAAGAAAAUCCGCUCAUCUCCCCGGGAGGCUAAAAAUAAGAGGCGAUCUGGGAAGAAUUCUCAGGAGGACAGUGAGGAUUCAGAAGAAAAAGAUGUGAAGACUAAGAAAGAUGAUUCACACUCAGCAGAUGAAGAUUUUGGCAGUGAAGAUGAUGACUUAGGAGCAGAUGAUGGCAAAGCUGACAGUGACUAUGAGAGCUCUCAAAAGAGCAAAAAAGGCAAAAAGGCCAAACCAGACAAGAAUAAGAGAGCAGCCUCCAAAUCCAGGAAAAGGCCUGCAGAGGACAGUGAGGACGAGAAAGAAGACCACAAAAAUGUGCGUCAGCAACGACAGGCAGCGUCCAAAGCAGCUUCGAAACAACGAGAGAUGCUUAUGGAUGAUGUGGGUAGUGAGGAGGAGGAACAAGAGGACGAUGAGGCACAGUUCCAGGAGACAGAUUCAGGAAGCGAUGAAGACUUCCUCAUGGAAGAUGACGAUGAUAGUGACUAUGGCAGUUCAAAAAAGAAAAAUAAAAAGGUCUCCAAGAAAUCCAAGCCAGAGAGGAAAGAAAAGAAAAUGCCGAAGCCCAGGCUAAAGGCUACAGUGACCCCCAGUCCAGUGAAAGGCAAAGGGAAGGCAGGGCGCCCCACAGCUUCCAAGCCAACAAAAGAAAAGACCCCGUCCCCCAAAGAAGAGGAUGAAGAGCCUGAAAGUCCUCCAGAAAAGAAAAAAUCAGCCAGCCCUCCACCAGAGAAAUCGGGGGAUGAGGGAUCUGAAGAUGAAGCACCCUCUGGUGAAGAUUAAAUGGCAGUUGAGGAAAUCUUUGUUUAAAAAAAAAAAAAAAAAAAAAGAAAAAAAGAAAAAAGGAAAAAAAAAAAGGAAAAGUAAACAUACUUAGGGGUAGAACACGGUUUUGGCUGUGGCUUGACUCAUGGGCUUUGAAUGCUGUCUUUACUUUCAGCUGUUUAAUACAGUGUAUCCUUUUUUUAAUAAGAGGAAACCCUUAUACAGUAAUAUUUUGAAGUCAAUGUUCUCUGUUGGCCAUUCCGUUCUCCCUCCCCCACCAAAUCUGAAAGCCAUUCAAGACAAAUUAACAGACCAUUAAAGAUAUAUUUUUUUCAAGGGAUAAUGCAGUUGUGAAGCAAUAAGGUUGAAGACUGAUAUGUGGAAACCAUACUUACAAAUCAUUAAUUAGCAUAGUUUUCUCAGUGUUGGUAAGAGUUCUGCAUUUGGAUAUGUGGAAAAAAAACCCGAACCUGUGCUUUAAAAAGACUUGUGUUCGUACAAGUUCACUCUCAGAAAAAGAUGUAGUGAUUUGAAUUCCAAUUAAGGAAGAGGAAACAUGGGGAGGAAGCCUGUGUUUCUUGGAUUUGGGCACGUUUUGCAUGGAAAGCAAUCAAGAGACUUGUAGAUGGUCCACUGUCUUUUCCUUAGAAAAGACCCUUCAAUUAGGUUGCGAGCUCGUUUGUCUUUGGAUAGAAUGCUGUUCUGCUUUAGGCACGUCGCAGUUCAUUCUAUACAGAUUCAGAUACACAACCUACAAGCUUCUCCCAUCCGUUAACUUUAUUUCUUCCAAAGUUGGCUAUAGAUGGGCAGAAUAGGGAGCAGAAAUCAAAAACAAUUUUUCAAACAGUGGUUUCCAUUUGGUAUUGUGGAAAAUGCCUUUGAAACUUUCCCAAGGAAAAAAAAGAAUGAACGGGUUAGUAUAAAAUGUAAUUCUUCAGCUUUUGGGGUGAGGGAUGUCCUUUUAUAAAUGUGAAGCAAAGGAUUCCUGUAAUGCUCUGGUCAGUCUCGGAUCCCAUGAGUCACGCUUAAGUGUUUCUCUUCUCUCCCUCGGUCUGUGCUCAGAAAGGCUCCGUGGCCUCUCGGCCUCUGCAGUCCCAGCGCUGGGGAACGUCACCCCGAGGCCGCUUCCGUUAAUCAUCCUCCCAUCUCACACGGUGGGGGUUCUGCUCCCGCAUCCGCUGCUCUGCCUCUGAUUUUUGGGCUGUCGUUCUGCUCCCUGAGCCUGAGAAGUGCUGAGUGGGGAACAGCGGUAAAGGGUGACGCUGGGAGGAGGCGCAGUUUGGAAGCGGCGUAGCAGGGAUGUAGUUUUAGAAUAGAAAAGCAGGAUAUCCCUGAAAUGCAAGGCACCAGAGAUAUAUGCGUGGUGGCAUUUUAAUGUGUUUUUAUCAAAGCAGCCAUAUCCUUUUUUUUUUUUUUUAAACUUUAAUUAAAGAUACACAAGCCUUGCUUUUCAAACCCUAAAACAGAGGUUGCUGCCAUAUUUCUUGGUGGAAAUAUUGAAAACUGGACCUGCCAUCUUUCUUUUCUCCUUAAACCCUUUGUGCUUUCUGUAUGUUGCUCACGGUUGUUUUAUAGCUUGCAAACUUUGCAUUUAUUUUUUUUUGAUCACAGAACUACACAUUUUGUAACCAGCCUCUCGAAGGUAACAUAAGGCAGCUAAUUAGGUGGUGCACAUGCUACCAGAUCUCUAAUCCUGUUUGGAUUUCAAGAGCUUUAGAUAUGAUACACUAAUAUGACCAGGAAGGACACUUGGCUGAGUGACACAGGGAGCUUGAGGAUGUUGAGCACAGUGUGGAGCCUAAAAUGUGGAACAGAAUAUUCAUUUUACAGCCGAGUGAUUGUCUUGUGUGAUUCAUAGCCAUGGAUUUUAUUGAGGCUGGUAAAUUACCUUGGCUUAUAAAAAUUCAAGUUCUCUAACAUUCUUUACUCUAAUGAAACUACUGUUGCCGUUACAAUAAAGAUGAUCGGUGUUUUCAUUGUAAAUCUUUUUAUUUUUAAAGUGGUUUAAUUUUGCAGAACAGCUUAAGGCUGGAGUGAAGUUCUCAGAGUUGUUGAGAAAGAAGCAAAUGUCAUCCCCUCUCCUCUCCCACAGCUCUUCCCACCUUCCCCCUGUGGGAGAGCAGAGUCUCUUGCAUCCCCCCCAGAGCUUCUUGGGUAACAUCGCAAAAGAAACAGCCACGUUCUAACAAACUGAAGUUAAGGCUGUGAAAAAUCUCUUCCUGUUGUUCUCAGUGCAGCUUUUGGGCUGGAUUAUUUCAUGCCUGGCAAUUUCGGCCCUUGAUCUUACAAACCGGUUGUGCUUUCUCACGUGUUCAUCUCUCGUGGCUGUGACAGGCUGCGUAAUGCUUAUCUGGGAGUUUGUCACAACCCAAACACUAUGUACAUCCUCUGCUACUUCUGGGAUUUUGUAACUUUUUCUAUAUUUUACUGUUUUGCUGAUUUGUGCGAACACUAAACCCUAACGGUCUCAUGGUGACUCUUAGAAAUGGCACAGUUUACAUUGUUACAGAUAGAAGAAAAUUGUGAAGCUUAACACAUUUUUUUUUAGUACACAUAUUUCAGUAAUAUCAGGCUUAACGUUUUAAAACGUCUUUUUCAAUUAAUUUGUAUUAAGCAUUCUGAUUUCUUGAAGGAAAGCUGUAAAAAUGCCUUUCUUUGGGAGCAUGAAUAGUUCUUCAUGGAGCAGAAAGUUUCAGUCGCGGAAGAAGGCUUUGAAAAGAUUGUCUCCUGUUACACAGCUGUAGCUUUGGAUCCUUUGCAGAGAGGUAAAUUGAUUUAUUCCGAAGUUCAGUUCAUCUAGUGCUCUGGUCUUACCCUUAAUAUUAGUUCAUAAGCAACUUCAGUUAUAUAUCCUGUUUCAGAAUGCACACUGCCACGUUCCUUUUCGCAGUUAUAUGCCAGUAGUUAAUUGAACUGGCCGCAAGGCUUGAGCGGUUAAAAAUCUGCGAUUUCAGUUGGAAUUCUACCCUAAAGAUGAUUUACUUCAGUUUCUAUUUGAUCAGCGUGAGAAAGCCAAACACGUCGAGCUAACCGGGUUUCAGAAUGGACUGUGGGUGAGAGCAAGACUUAGCAAGAGGCGGCCAAGGAGCUUUUAAUUUAGUUUUAACUUCAUCCGAGCAGCGGAGCGCGGGGAGAGGAGCAGCACAGCCCGGGGGACCGUGCUGGGGACAAUUGGGAGCCCAUGGGCUCCUGUGCCACCGCAUGGCUCCGUCCCCAGGUGCUGAACCACCAGGGCAGUGGCAAAAGAUGCACUUGAAUUCCUUUUUUUCUUUUUAUUUUUCUUUUUUUUUUUUUCUUUUAACCCUUCCUCUGGUGAUGGUCACAAAGGUACAAUAGUCACUGAGGCACCCAGGUUAAGGAGGGAGGGAAGUAAAACUGUAUCAUGCUGGAAGCUUUUUGAGCUGUAGAAACUGGUGCUUUGCUUUAUGUAAUUUGUUUGUGAAGUGUUUAUUUUUAUAACAGAUCAUAUUGUUGAACACAUGGUUCUUAAAAACUACAAACUGAUCCAUGAGUUGACUAGCUGAGAAGUGGAUGUUCAUCUGUUGGGGGAGGCAGGAUAUGGAAAUGUAAGCAGAUGGAUGUUUAAAGGGACACUGUCACAAAAUAGUUGCUGGCAUAUAGGAUUUGUUAGUUGGGGGGGGGGGGGGUCACAUCUAUAUGUGGAAAUUAUAUAUUCUAUAUGUAUAUGAUCAAACGGAAAACUUUCCCGGAGCUUUGAAUAUUUUUCCUACGGUUUGGGGAGGUUUAAAUACAAGUUCUGCUCAUGAAACUAGGAAGCAAAACUAAUUAUUCUGUUCUUACUGUCCAAGGUGAGCUCGGAAAGGUGACAGUGUCCUUUCGAGACCUCCCCAAACCGCGUGUAUCCUCCUUUUAGACUUCACUAGGUGACUGGCAUUUGAAUGUCUUUCCAUUGACCUCUUUCUAUUCAAAACAAACCACGAUAUUUCCAAGUCUAGCGGAGUUCUCGCCAUGUGCUGACUCUGGUUUCAACCACUAGUGGAAGGACUCUCUAGACUCUGUGCCCCCCUCCCCGCGGUGAAUCCCGCGGGUCCAUCGGCCGGAGCAUGCUCAGUGUGACUGCAAAACACACCGUUGUGCAUAUGCUUUGUAUAUUGGGGCAAGGGUUUUUUAUAUAUAUAUUUUGGGAGGGGGAGUGGGUGGGAAUGGAGAAAUAACUCAAUCAGCUUAAGCCAGAAUAAUGUGUGUAAAAGCCCCUGAAGUAUUUUGUGUGUGAGUGCGCGGGUGUGAGUGCGCGCAUGGGAGUGUCUGACAUCUGAUUCCCUUUGUGUUCUGAAGAUUUGUGAGUUAUAUUUCUUUUAUUUCUUUUUCUGCAGAAGCAAUUGUUAACAAACAAAAAAAACAAAUUGUAAAUAAGAGCUACAUAAUUUUUGUUUAACCGUGAACAUCGUGUCACAGCAAACCCUGAAUAAUCGCUUUGAAGGUAGAGGAGGAGACUCCAGGUAGGGCCUUGGGGCCUUUGGCUAUCAGCAAGGCAUCGUUAUAUGGUAUGCAACGAAUCUUUGUCUUGAGUAUUUGCAAUCCCCUGUUGAGCUUUUCUACAGAUCAGGCUUUUUGCAGUUCCCCUUCCCAUCCCUUUAGUUAUUUUUAUUUGGUUUGAAUCUCAAGAGCAGACAGAAAAAGGAGCGGCUGCACCCGGUGUGGUCAGGGGGUGUGUGCAGACCGGACCCCGUACGGUUGGCAACUCUUGCAAUACCAAGAUCUGCCACGUGGUACUAGGAGUUAAGUCUGAAUGUAACAUUAACGUUUUAUUUAAAAUAAAACCACAUUUUUUUAAGGGGUUGAAGUGAACAUGACUGUUGACCAUGUUCGUGAAUUUAUAGAUGCAACAUUCAUUGGUAGAAUUGUGUGAUGGUCUUUUGUGCUACUUAAUUUUACAUAUUCCAGUCUCUGUAUGUACCUGCAAAGAAAGAAGAAAUAACAAAACCCUGCUUUGCUUUUAUGGAAGGGUUCCCAGGACUGCAUACCUGCUCCUGAGCUCUGUUUUAAGUAUGUGUAUCCUUCGCUUGUAUUUUGUAUUAAAAGAAAACACGAGGAAAAAGAACCCUUUAUUGUUCAGCAUGUUGGAAUUGUGUCCCCUCUUUUAUUUUUCUCCUUUUUGGAAUAUAUUAAGCAACUCAUUCUUCUGUAUCUUUUAUUUUCUUUUGUAAACUUUUUGGUUUUGUUUAAAAAUGGCUUUAUAAAAGGGCUUUUAUAACCCAUAAA